CAAGACCAGAGAUCAGAAAAAAUCAUGAUGUACAUUUUGCUGAGUUUAGCUGUCGGCUUGGUGAUGUUACCUCACAUCAAUGCAAAAUGCGAACCAGCAUACUACCUGGGUUGCUUUGUUGAUGCAGCUUCACGUGAUAUUGAAUAUGGUUUUGCAUAUUUCCCAGGCAUGACCCUUGAACUCUGCCAAGAACAUUGCCGCAACUUAGGUUAUAAAUAUACUGGAGCUCAAGCCGGAUCCCAAUGUUUUUGUGAUAAUGAUUUUGGAAAAUAUGGAUCAAAACCUGAUGGAGAGUGUUCCUGGAAGUGUGUUGGAAACAAUCAACAAAAGUGCGGAGGACAUUUUAGAAACUCUGUUUAUUUAGUCCGAUAAAAAUGUCAAAUAAAAUCCAAAGAAAUAAAUACUGGAUGAUACACAGUAAAA